AUGCCUCGCACUAUUGUCUGGAUGUGUAUUUACGCCUCAGAAGGUCUUCUGUCCUUAUACCUCAACUCCUUCAUCUUCGUCUUCCACCUGAAGAGCUUCAGGAACGGGGUGAAGCUGAACCCCUCCGGCCUCCUCCAGCUGGUCAUGGGGGCCACUAACCUCAGCAUGCGAGGACUGAUGCUCGGGACUUCCAUCCUCACAUUAUUCCUACUUGUCGAUGUUGGGAAGUUGUAUCGUGUGAUAAUGAUCAUCAUCCCUUUCCACUUGAAGUUCAGCUAUUGGCUGAUUGCCUGGCUCUGCGCCUAUUACUGCACCACCAUCACCAACAUCCGAAUCUUCACCUGGAUGAAGAGGAUCCUUGUGUCCUUCUUGCCUCACCUGCUCUUCCUCUCUGUGGUCGUGUCUUUUAUCCUUCCUGUUCUGUCAGUCUUGUAUCUUCAGGUCCAAAUCUCCGAUGACAACUCCACCCUCAGUAACGGUUUCCGUGUGUCCAUUCCCGACUCCGUCGUAUUGUUGGUUAUGUGUUUCUGUUCCUUCCCGCCCUUCCUGGUGACCCUCGGCGCCCUCGUGGUGACCAUGUCCUCCCUCUUCAGACAUAUCAGGAAGGUGAAGAAGAACGACUCGGGAUUUGCUCCUCCGAACCUCCAGGCUCACGUCAGCGCGGUGAGAACUAUGAUAUUAUUUCUUCUCCUCGCUCUCAUUGUCAACGUCGCCGAGAUCGUUAAGCUCAUGGGAUUGUCUUUCUUCAACUUCUCCAUGGGGACCGCAGAGUUCAUUAUCUGGUUAUUGGCCGUGACCUUUCCAUCGGCAGAAGCCGCCAUUAUUAUCCAGUCCAGCCGCAAGCUGAAGAAAAGGUUUUUACAAAUGUUCUGCGCUGGAAGAUUGACGGGAGGCCGGAACUAG